AUGCCGGGUCUUCCUAGAACUAUCGAUCUGGAUGAGUGCAUCGAGCGACUCUACCGUAAAGAACUCCUGGCCGAGUCGGUGAUCGAGGCAAUCUGUGCGAAAGCCAAGGAAUUAUUGAUGAAGGAGAGCAAUGUGGUUCACAUCCAGGCACCCGUUACAGUUGUCGGAGACAUCCACGGUCAAUUCUUCGAUUUACUCGAGAUAUUUCGCAUUGGCGGUUUCUGUCCGAACACCAAUUACCUCUUCCUUGGAGAUUAUGUAGAUCGCGGUUUAUUCAGCGUGGAGACCAUCACCUUGCUCAUCUGUCUCAAGUUACGAUACCCCCAACGAGUUCACCUAAUCCGCGGCAACCACGAGUCCCGUGGCGUGACACAAUCCUAUGGCUUUUAUACCGAAUGUGCUCGCAAAUACGGAAAUGCAAACGUAUGGCACUACUUCACCGACAUGUUUGACUACCUUACGCUGAGCGUGGUUAUCAAUGACGAGAUAUUCUGCGUGCACGGUGGUCUUUCCCCCUCGAUCCACUCCAUUGAUCAGAUCAAGAUCCUCGAUCGGUACCGUGAGAUUCCGCACGAGGGCCCCAUGGCCGAUUUAGUUUGGUCCGACCCGGACCCGGACCGCGACGAGUUCUCCCUUUCGCCCCGCGGAGCUGGUUAUACAUUUGGAGCGCAGGUGGUUCGGAAGUUCCUCGAGGUUAACAACAUGUCUCAUAUUCUGCGAGCUCACCAGCUCUGUAACGAAGGCUACCAAGUCUUAUUUGACGAUCGACUCAGCACGGUCUGGAGCGCACCCAAUUACUGUUACCGUUGCGGAAACCUCGCCAGUGUGCUCGAAGUUGGGGACAAAAUGCAGCGUUACUUUAAUAUCUUCGACGCGGCACCCGAAAACGACGUGCAUCGGAGCGAGCAGCAGGCCCAACAGAACAGGGAUUCUCAGCCGACGAUUGACUAUUUCUUGUGA